UUCUGGUGGAGGGUGAGGGGCGGUAAAUGGGAUACAAGAGAUGCUGGAGACCUACUAAGUUUGACAGAAAUGGGCCAGCCAGGAGGCCUCCAGCGGGCAUUUCAAUAUAAGGGGCCGGGAUCCUAGCCUCCAGUGCCCUUACCGAUCCCUGGGUAUUGAAAACUCACUUCAGCCCCCGGGGUUUUGUGAGAUCUUCCCCUCGAAACUCCUGUUUCUGGGUGUUAGGAGAUCCUCCUUCUACAAGUUGUGUUGGAGGACCCCUUUCUCAUCCCUGGAUGUUCCCCCCGCCCCUAGUCCCCGGAUGUGGGAACCUCGUUCCUCCCACCCAUCCCUGGAUGUUGGCGCCCCUCCCCCACCCGCGGACAUUCGGAGCUCCUCCCCCCACUGUCGGUGGAUCGCAGUCACCGCCCCGCGAUGGCGGCACAGGCUCCGGCGGGGGCCCUGGCGCUGGCGCUCUGGGUCUGGGCUUUGGCUCCGGCGGGGGCCGUGGACGCCAUGGGCCCUCACGCGGCCGUCCGCCUGGCCCAGCUGCUAACCCCGGAGGAGUGCGGCCACUUCCAAUCGCUGCUGAAGACGCCGGAGCCGGACGUCGAGGCUGAGCUGGCCAGGCUCUCGGAGGACCAGCUGGCGCAGCCCGAGCCUGUGCCCACGUCGGCGACGCCAGGCCGACGGCGGCGGAGGCGCGAGGCAGCGGGGAAGCCGGCGGUCGAGCCUGCCGACGUGUCCGACGGCUGCCGGGAGGGGCUGGCGGCCUGGCUGGCUGCCGAGGCCCCGUCCUUGUCGUGGGACCGCGUGGCCCGGGCCCUGCGGCGCAGCGGCCGCCCAGACGUGGCCCGGGAGCUGGGCAAGAACCUCCACCAGCAGGCAACACUACAGCUGCGCAAGUUCGGGCAGCGCUACAUACCCACAGCCGACGCCCCCGCUGCCCCCGUCCCGGCCCCGGCCCUGCGUUCCCGCCGCUCCUCGGUCCCCGAGCCCAACUGGGACGAGCUGGAGCUGAUCGUGGAGCGACUGCCCCAGGGGCCGUAUCAGCGGAGCCCCGCGGGCUGGGCCGGGCCGCUGGCUCUCGGCUUCCUCACCGGCUUCGGGGGGGCGCUGGGCGCCGGGGCGCUGCUCAUCCUACUCAUUCCGUGGAUCACCGGCGGCGAUGGCGACUGGGUGCGGCUGGGCAGCCCCCGGCCGCCCACCCCGCCCCUGCUUCGGUCCGCCAGGGCUCCUGGCUGUGGGGAAGCGGAGCCUCUCUUGACUGCAGAGCCGCUGGCGUCCCCGGCGGCCUGGGCUGCAGGCGGGCCCCAUACCUCCUUGCCUCUGUGACCCCAGCUGUGAAAUGGGAGCAGACCUGGUGGCGUGCCGCUUUUGACAUAUAAAAGUUACAUGUCAGCUUUA